AUGUUGCUUUAUUCUCUUCUUUCUUCUUCAUUUCAUUCUUCUUCCAAUAUUAAUGGCUUCCGUUUUUCUUUUUUUCUUUUCUUUCUUAUUUUCUGUAUUUUAUUUGCUUCUAAUUCUUUUUUGUUUUUCUUCUUACAAUAUUUCCAUCGUUCUUUCUUGUGUCAUGCUUCCGCCUUUUGCCUAUACAUAUUCAAUCGUAUUUCUUUUCCCCUAUAUCCAUCGCCUCUAUUUCUCUUUGCUUUCUUAUUUAUUUUCUUCCUUUCUAUCGCCUCUUCUUUCUUUCUUUCUUUCUUUCUUUCUGUUGUCACUACUGCUGUUCUUUUUCUUCUUCAUUUUCUUCUUGCAAAAUUUCACACAUUUUUUUCCUGCUUAGGUCAUUCUUCUGUCUUCUCUCUUGCUGAUGUAUUUUCAUCCUCUUUCUUUUUCUUCUUCAUUCUAUUCUUCUUUCAAUAUUCAUGGGCAAAAUUAUUAGGCGUCUUUGCUUUCUUUCUUGUUUUCCUUCUUCUUCUUCUUCUUCUUCUUCUUCUUUUUACUUCUUUCUUUCUUUCUUACCUUUUUUAUCAGCUAAUCCCCCCACCAUCACCCACCACUAACUCCUGUCUUUUUUCCGACAAAUGUUGA